AUGACCGAGGAGAGAGAGUGGAUGAAAAGGAUUCAAGAUGAAAAUGCGCACCUGAAAAAUCAGAUUCGGCUGCUCAGGGAAAACUAUGAACUCCGUGCUAUGUUGGGUCAACAGUGUGACAACGGCAGCCAAGUCCAGUUCUUAACGUCUCCAAUUUCUCCUGCAUAUACUGAUGCUGGUUUAUUGGUAAAAGGAGGUAAGGAGCAAGCUCUACAAAUUUACUUACAAAACAUUUUAGAAAUAAACAAGUGAUAAGCAUAUUCCUGCCUAUGUGUGCAUUUGAAUUUAUAUGUGCAGCUCAGGCAGACAUGGCCUAGUCUGCCCAUCUGCGUAAAAUGCUCAUUAGAGGAAGAGGCAUUUGUAAUAGAAACCUGCCUUGGCCGUUGGACGACCCCGUGAUCCCAAGGAGAGCUGAGUCUCCUCAGCACCUUCCUGUUUCAGCUUUUGAGCAGAACUGGAUGAAACUACGUAGGCUUAGCAAGCCCAUUAAUUUCAUUUGUAUGAAAUUUCGUUUCAUUUUACUUUUUAUUUGUAUACCACCUUUCUAUGUUGCUAUGCACAAGCUGAAGAAACAACAGAAUAGACAGCAAAGAGUACACACAAAAUAGAAUCUGAUCCAAUACAAAAAGUCAUAAUAAAAACAUAAGUUUAAAAUAAACAAUUUAUAUCAAAUAAAACAAUAUUAAAUAAUCCAUUAGAAAUAAAGUAUAUACAUUCAUCAGUGCCAUUCAUAGCUUUAGCAGCGGCGUAGCGUGGGUUGUCAGCACCCGGGGCAAGGCAAGUAAUUUGUGCCCCCUAACCCGGGGCAAGGCAAGUAAUUUGCGCCCCCUAACCCGGGGCAAGGCAAGUAAUUUGCGCCCCCUAACCCCUAACCUGCAGCCACUGCCAGCUUCUUCUUGCUGCUGCCUGGUCUGGUCUGGUGUGGUGUGGUUCUCUCCCGCGCUCAGCGCUGCGCUGGGCGGCCGCUGCACUGUCCCUCCCCCAGAUAGUCCCUCGCUCUCUCUCCGCACCGCACGCCUGGCACCCACCCCCUCCACAGUGGGCGGCGACCCAGCGGCUCGGAUCGGAUUCGCACAGCCAGCACUGCAGUGAGAGAGAGUGAGUGAGCCAGGUAGGGGCAGAGAGCUGCGAGUGUGAGCGCGCCCCCCCAGAUGUUGCGCCCGGUGCGGCCGGCCCCCCCUGCACCCCCCACGCUACGCCACUGAGCUUUAGGCAAAAGUAGACAGGUCUCUGUCUUGGAGAGCUGACAAUGUCCUUUCCUGAAAUCAUGAAAGUGGAGCAAAUUCCAGGCCUGCAACAGUUCCUGACCAGAUGAUGGCCCCUGUCAUCUGGUUUAGGUACUUAAAUAUUCAAUUACACCUCUACCCGUGUUUAAGGUGGCUAACAGCAAAGAGUUUAGCACAAAAAAUGCAAUGAUAACAAUAAAACUAGGUAAUAAUUCUUUGGAAAAUUAAAAGUUUCCAGGUUUGUGUCUUAACAUGCUAUUCACUCAGUAUAAAAUUGGGAUUUGUUUUUUAAAAACUUGAGCUGGAGGCUGAUGUGGCUGAAAUUUGGGAUCUAUUCUGAGGAAGAACUUAAACACGUGUAGUUGGAGUGGGGGAAUGGUUGCAAGUCAGAGGAAUCGACACUUACCCUGAAGGAACUGGUGCAGGACAGGAUGUUAUGUCUGCUACACCUCUGGGGUCUCUCCCCCCCCCCCCACCUGUCCAGGCAUCCAUCAUUCUCCCCUGCUGCUGCUGCUAUAGCAAAAAGGUGCAACUUACUUGUUGCAAAAAAGGGUGCAACUUAGUUCAAGAGAUGGGGAAGAAAGAUGGCCCCAGAAAAGACAGAAUCAGUGCUGAGAAUUGCUUCUGCUGAGUCAGUACUAUUUAAAGGUAAGGGUAGGUAUGGUGUCUGUGUGUAUUUGAGGGGGUAGAAAGAGGAGGGUCUAAGACAUUUUGCUGCAUGUGGCGCUGUAGCAACCCCCCCUCUACAGCCACCCCCUCCUCACCACCAAGGUGCGUCACAGCCAAGGUUGGUCAAGUUGUUUUGAUACCUGAGGCAGAAAAAUCCCUCAAUUGCCUGUUCUGGGGAAGUAAAAAUUCAGCAAUAAUAAAGGCUGCUUUAAUGAAAUUCUCUUCCUCCCCCCGCAGAUAAGAUCCUCCUUGGUGCAGAGGAGGCAAUCUAUCUCCCUGUCUUUACAAUAAGCCUGCAUAUUGGGCUGUUGCCAUAUAUUUGGCGGCAAUUGUGAUUUUCCUCUUCCAUAUUCUCUCAAGAGGAGUGGUUUGCCUGUUCUAUAAAAUAACAUCUCAUCCUCAGACACAUAGGACAAAUAUUUGGGUACCUUCCAAGCUGCAUAGCUUGUCUCUUUAAGGGUUUACGGCACUUCUGGAACUUUAAUCUCAAGUUAAUUUUCUUCUCUGGAACAGAGACUCUGACACAGAUGUCAGUCAACUACAAAUACACAAACUGCAUUCCUUGCUGUAGUUAACAAAACUGUAUGUGUUGUUGUUGUAGCUCAGUAUAUCGGAAGAGAAGAUUUUGGUUACUGCUCACACGUCAUCUCCAAGGAGCCCACUGUCCUGCCCAACCCCAGUGCCCAGUCUCCGCUGAAGCAGCUCCAAAAUGAGCCUCCCCCUUUUCAGCCUAGAAGUGGAGAAAAGAAACCUGGACAUUUGUCAAGCAUGUCGUGCUCCACCAUUGGAGGAAAACAGCUGGAGGAACCCACAGAACUGAUGGGACUCAAGAAAGCGUGGCUGAUGGACGGCCCUUUCCCUGGCGGCGAUAAGGCUCAGACCCCCCUAGCACUAAGCAUGGGUAAGAAAUGGUCACUAGAUAUCCACUCUGGGGAGGGGAAGACGGUGUGGCAGUUUAUUUUAUGGAUAAUUUAAACAGGUUCCAAUUUCAACCCAUCAGAUCAGACAUAGCAUUGGUUAGUAGCAGCUAUUGCAUGUGAUAAAGUCCUAUCUCUGGGCCUAUUUAAAUGAUAGCCAGCUUCAUGUGAGAUGCUUUCCUCCCUGCUGCCACCAGACACUGGUGUUAGCCCUGUGCCUCCCUGCGUGUGACUUGUAGGUCAUGUCACUGGUUUGCUAGCUGCAGAAGUGGACAUUUCUGAAUGUCACAGCUAUUGGCAUGGUUUGUAGUGGUGUACAAAACUACAUAAAUUGUGUUGCCUUCCUGGUUAGGCUUUUAACAGAAAUCCAUUGGCAGUUGGUCUGAAGAAGAAGGGAGGGGAAGGGGCACAUGACGCAGCUCAUAGUGCUGUCAGUUGGUGAAGGCAAGGGAGACGCAGCAGGAGGGAAGCCAUAUUGUACUGGGGUUGGAAGGGGCCAUCAAAGUGUGUAGCAUCCAGACCUAUUGGACAGGGAAGAGCAUGGGAGACUCUCAAGCAUCAGCGUUUUGUCUUGAUGUUUCUUUGAAUUUGGAACAAACCUUUUGCUAAAUGUGCUUUGUUGUAGCUCACUACAAGGCUGCAAGACUACUCAGUUCAAAAGACACAGCAAGUCAUUCACCAUCAUGGACAGAAGAAUUAGCUUCCUCAAACCCUACACGCUUAGUGAGCAAGGAGGAAGCUCAGACCACAUUUUCAGAUGACCUCAAAAUACGCAAAGGAAGUUCUUCCUUGGGGAUUUCUGAAAGGCAGUCCUAUCACCUUUUGGGCAGUGCCCAGGACUCAAGCACAGGCAAAGCACAGCUUGAAGAGAUGCCCAGGAAGAAGAGAGUCUGGUUUUCUGAUGCACCAGACACAGACAAGUUAAGGAAGUCCCAUACGUUCUACUUGAAUGGUAAUACUGAGACAUGGCAUGGGGCUAGUGUAAAAGACUGGUGUACCCCCUAGUGUACCCCUUUCCCCUUCCUACUUCAGAUGUCUUCUAAAAAUCUGGUAGUUGUUUUUUCCUUUGACAUCUGGUGGCAGGGUGUUCCACAGGGCAGGUGCCACUACUGAGAAGGCCCUCUGCCUGGUUCCCUGUAAUUUCGCUUCUCGUAGUGAGGGAACUGCCAGAAGGCCCUCGGCACUGGGCCUCAGAGUCCGGGCUGAAUGAUGGGGGUGGAGACGCUCCUUCAGAUAUACUGGGCUGAGGCUGUUUAGGGCUUUAAAGGUCAACACCAACAUUUGAAUUGUGCUCGGAAACGUACUGGGAGCCAGUGUAGGUCUUUCAAGACUGGUGUUAUGUAGUCUUGGCGGCCGCCCCCAGUCACCAGUCUAGCUGCCACAUUCUGGAUUAGUUGUAGUUUCCGGGUCACCUUCAAAGGUAGCCUCACGUAGAGAACAGUGCAGUAGUCCAAGCAGGAGAUAACUAGAGCAUGCACCACCUUGGUGAGACAGUCCGCAGGUAGGGUCUCAGCCUGCGUACCAGAUGGAGCUGGUAGACAGCUGCCCUGGACACAGAAUUGACCUGCGCCUCCAUGGACAGCUUUGAGUCCAAAAUGACUCCCAGGCUGCGCACCUGGUCCUUCAGGGGCACAGUUACCCCAUUCAGGACCAGGGAGUCCUCCACACCUGCCCGCCUCCUGUCCCCCCAAAUCAGUACUUCUGUCUUGUCAGGAUUCAAUGUCAAUCUGUUAGCCGCCAUCCAUCCUCCAACCGCCUUUGUUCCGAUUCAGCAGCAAACAGCGGGGUUUCCCCAGGGAAAGCGGCAGGUCCAAAAACAAAACAAAACAAAAUAAAAUAAAACAAAACACCCUGCUCAGACCUUAACGUGGAAAGCAUGGACGCUUUUCAAGAAAGCCUGGUGCAAAAGGAAGUCUGGAUGAAUAUAGAUGGAUGAAAGUGUGAUUGGCAUCUCAACUACCAAGGAGAUAUAUACAUUUCAGACAAGCCUGUUUUUAAUAUAAGCUCUGGCCUCUUAUAGCAAAGGCCCAGUAUAUCUACGAAGUAGCCUCUUUCUUUCACUUGUAGAUCUAGAGAUUACUCAGAACAGCAAGAGGAAUGGGCGCAUCGUGGGAGAGAUUGCCUUCCAGUUAGACAGGCGCAUUCUUGCGCAUGUGUUUCCUGGCAUCACAAGGCUCUACGGGUUCACAGUGUCCAAUAUUCCUGAGAAAAUCAAACAGGUGAGACCCAGCACUUUGAGGUAAAUUUGUCUUUUUGUCAAAACAUUAGUCACUUAGGUCUCAGAAAUUUAGUGCAAAGCCUGCUUGGCCAUAAAACAACUUCCUAAAGACGUCUAUCUAUUGGUAUCACUCAUUAUCACUCCAUACCCAGUUGUUAAAAACACAACAGUAUCACAUCCUGUUGAAGAAGCAACCAUACCUUGUAUUACCAGGGUAUACCUUAGUAGUUUCAGUUAACUCUAAUGCAGCUGAAAAUGACAGAGCAGAUUUGUUCAUAGGUCUGGAAAAGAUUUACAUUUCUGCUAAAUUCAGCUAAGCUCCUCCUUAGUUUCUACUAAGUGCAGAUAAGAGCCAUAUUUAAAUUGUUUUAACUGGAAUGCAUAUGAGAAUGAGAGGGAAAUUAUUGGUCCAUAUGGUGCCUCCAAAUUUAUUAGAUCCUUAUGGGCAGGGCUGGCCCAAAACAUUUUGGCACCUGAGGCAAACCACAAAAUGGUGUCCCAAAGUGAAGAUCUGCCUUGUUAGGAACAAGGUGGGCAGGAGACCACCAGCCCCCUAUUAGCCAAGAGGCAACUGUAGAGGCACUGGCAAGAGGCUGUCCAGGCAAAGGCCUCCAAGGAAUGUGCCACAACGUUUGCUUAUCUACACUUCCACUUGUCCUGCUGCUUUCCCCCAAGGAAAACCUGCUCUUUACCACUGAAUCGGGGCAAACGUCAGUUGGGUUUUCUGUACAUUGAUGCUUGCAAAGAGCUGGUUUUCCUGGGGAAAGUGGAGGGGCAAACAGAAAGGGUGGACGAGCCUUUUGUAACGGAGGCAUUGCUCUGACACGGUGAUAGGGGGAUUCCAGAUGGGGGCUUAAUCCUGCAGAUGGGCCAUAGAAUUUAUUUUGAACCUUAUCAGAUUUUUUUCCUGGGAACAGCAAAUCCUAAUGGGGGGGGGGGAUACAGGCGAGUAUUUUGACAUCAAUGGCAUGUGAAUCCUGCAAAAAAACUUGCUUUCACUGAAGCAACCAUUCCAUAAUACAAACCAGUCUGGAAGCAGCCAUAAUAUCAGUAAACCCUUCCUUGUUUAGUUUUUGCAUAGCGAAAUUCUGCCCAGCAAUUAUCACUUCAUUAUAUUGUUUAUCUUUGAUUUGCUCUCUUGUCUCCUAAAAGCCGGCAGUAAUUAAGUCCAUGUUGCCCUGCAUCUCUCUGUAUCUUUUUAAAAAGCUAUUUCAAGAGUCUCAGAGGGAAUUCUGGCCGGUUCCACUUAACCAUAAAUAUAAUACUGCAAUCAUUCAUAGGCAACUAAUAUUCCCACAGUGACUUCUUACUUACUUGGUGUGUUUAUCUUGUUUUUGCAGCAGUUAUUGCUUGGGAUGUGUCUGCUAUGGUUGCUAGAAGUCAUCAGAUUUCAGUAGAAUUAUUGCUCCUAACUCAAACUGUGAUGCAUUAUCUGAAAUUUGGAUAGCACAACAUUGUCUGAGGUGUAAACAACCCCAGUGCAAUAUUUUAAAUAAAUUGUUUUUCUUUGAGCUGCUGCUUUGGUGGACACUUUCAGUUUAAAUUUCCUCAGCUAAUUUACUAUUCCCAGAAAAAUUCUGAAUAUCUUGUGUGGAUUGUGUGGAUUCAAUGGGCAGAGCUCACGUCUUGUCAGAUUCUGGAGACAAUUUCUCACUGAGAGAACUCUGUUUCCCAAAAUACACACUUACUGUUAAUAUGUCCACAAAUCCAUGCCCACUUUGGUCUUCUUUGGUGGGACCCAAGAUAAUGAUAUAAUCCAUUAAUGUGUUUGCACUGGUAAAAUGCUUGUGUAUCAUGGCCACAAUCCAACAUCAAAUUAAGCACUCGUAGGUUUCUUGAUUUUAGCAACUGAACUUUCGAAGCACAGACCUUUUUGCUUCCUGUUUUGUUAAUAAAUUCCAUUUCUGCAUCCAUUACUUUACUCUUUCCCCUCUUUCUCCCCCCCCCCCCAAAUAUUCAGACCUUGCCCAAAUUGCACUGAGCUUCAUAGUUUGCCCUAUGGCAGGCAGAAACUUGUUACAAACGUCUAAAAUUUCUUCCCUUACAAAAGAAUGCAACAAAACUUUUGAUUUAACUUGACCCUAUUUCUCCUCUGCUCCUAUUGAUGCUAAAUUAACAUUAGGAUCUUUAGCCCUUCCAUAAAGUGCUAGCGAUAGCUUUUUAAAAUGUAUAUAUGUAUGUGUAUAUGUGUGUGUAUAUCUAAUGAAAAUACCUAGGUCUCCAUGAAAUCCCUAGAUGGCUCUGUGGACGAGAAGAAGUACCGAGCCAUGACCCAGCGCUACCUGGACCUGACUGCUCGCCUGGAGAAGAUGGGCUACCACGUGGACGUCCACCCGGUGUUCAGUGAAUUCCUCAUCAACACGUACGGCAUCCUGAAGCAAAGGCCAGACCUCAGUUCCAACCCCUUGCACAACAGCCCCGCGGACCUCAGGAAGAUGGUGAUUGACAUUGUCCCAUCCAAGUUCCUUGGAGAUACCUUGCUGCUCUUGAACUGUUUGUGUGAACUUUCUAAAGAAGACAACAAGGCCCUGUUUGCCUGGUAG